CACAUCAUGCUGUUUCUGAAAUGUAAAUUUUCCUACUCUUUUUUUUUUUUUCUUGGUACUUAAGUAAGCCUGAUUGCUUAGGAAGUCUCAGUAGCCUUUUCAAAUGUGAAAAGGUAGAAUUACCCCUUAGCAUCUGAUAGGUAACUGGCUGUAGUGAUAGCUCAGUGGAUUUGGAGCUGGCAUGCUCAGAGCUCUCCUGGGGUUGCUAUUGAUCUUGGCGUGUUAUUGCUUUUGAAGGGACUGAUCUUUGAAACCAGGGCUGCAGGAAGUCAUUUAAGGAUGUGUUUGCAUCCUGCUGAGCAAUGAAACUGCGAGGAUUUCAGUGGGAAGGAAACUCCUCUCGAAACAGAUGCGGUGUUUAUCUGCUUUCCCUAAUUAGCGCUCCAUCUUCCUGGAGGUGGUAUUCUCCACAGCAUCCCCUGGGCAGCAGGAGGCCAGCACUGGUGUCAAGCCCCCACUUGCCCAAAACUUAAUUGGUCCCAGCUGUGCUUUGCAGAGCUCUAUUUCUGAGGCGCCUGAGCUCAGCGCAGGUGUUUUGCUGUGCUGCCUGCACGGCUGUUUGCACACCUGCAGUUGCUCUUCUGAGACCAAGCGGUGCAGAGAGAAGGGUUGGUUCUCCAGCGAGCUCCUGGCUUCUCACAGGAAGAUGAAGAAGCGCUAUGUGGUGGCCGGAGUCCUGACUGCAGCCCUGCUGGGGCUCAUCUUGUUCCUGGGACUCUUCUUCGGGCUGCGCUCUGACUCAGGGGACACGCACACUUAUAAGAGGGCGGCUGUGGCUACAGAUGCGGGGCAGUGCUCGAUAAUUGGAAGGGACAUCCUUCAGCAAGGUGGAUCAGCAGUGGAUGCUGCGAUUGCAGCUCUGCUUUGUGUAGGACUCAUGAAUGCUCACAGCAUGGGCAUUGGAGGGGGCCUCUUCUUUACCAUCUACAGCAGCACAGGCAAAGUGGAAAUCAUUAAUGCAAGAGAGGUGGCUCCAAAAAGAGCAUCGAAGGACAUGUUUGGGAACAACACACAGCUCGCUCUGAAAGGAGGACUGUCCAUUGCUGUUCCAGGAGAAAUUCGUGGGUAUGAACUAGCUCACAAACGUCAUGGCAAACUGGCAUGGAAAGAUCUGUUUCUGCCCAGCAUCAAGUUGGCAAGAGAAGGAUUCCCUAUUGGGAAAGGCCUUGCAGCAGCCAUCAAAUCAAGAGAGGAGUCAAUUGAAAGCAAUCCCUCACUGUGCGAAGUGUUCUGCAGAGGAGGAAAAAUUCUCCAUGAGGGCGAUAUCGUCAAGAUGCCUAAACUGGCCAACACGUACGAGACUAUAGCCAGUGAAGGAGCAGAUGCCUUUUACACAGGAAGCCUGGCGAAACAGAUCAUCGAUGACAUCCGCAGUGCAGGGGGCAUUGUCACAUUGGAUGACCUGCGGGACUACAACGCGACAGUGAUCGAAGACCCCAUACAGGUCACACUUGGAGAGUUUACCCUCUACACGCCUAGUGCCCCCCUGAGUGGCCCAGUGCUAGCCCUCAUUUUCAACAUACUGAAAGGAUAUAAUUUCUCUGCUGACAGCGUCAAAACCAUGGAGGAGAAAGGUCUGACUUACCACCGCAUUGUGGAGGCCUUUCGCUUUGCCUACGCCAAGAGGACUUCACUGGGAGAUCCAAAAUUUGUCAACGUUACAGAGGCGAUCAGAAACAUGACGUCCACGUUCUUUGCGGAUAGUCUCCGGAGGAAAAUCACAGACAACACCUCCCAUCCAGUUGACUACUAUGAGCCAGUAUAUUACACUGGAGAUAAUGCCGGUACAUCCCACCUCUCCAUUGUGGCUGAUGAUGGCAGUGCUGUGUCCGCCACCAGCACCAUCAACCAAUACUUUGGCUCUGAUGUACGAUCCAACGUGAGUGGAAUCAUAUUUAAUGAUGAGAUGGAUGACUUCAGCUCACCUAGCAUAAUCAAUGGAUUUGGGAUCCCUCCUUCUCCAGCAAAUUUCAUAGCACCAGGUAAACAGCCGAUGUCCUCUAUGUGUCCCUCCAUCUUGGUGGAUAAAACGAAAAAGGUCAAGAUGGUGGUCGGUGCUUCUGGAGGAACAAAAAUAACUACAGCAACAGCACUGACUAUCAUGAAUUCCAUCUGGUUUGGUUAUGAUGUGAAGAAAGCAGUGGAAGAGCCCAGAAUUCACGAUCAGCUGUUUCCCAAUAUCACGGAGCUUGAGCAGCAAAUAGAGGAGGGUAUAGAAGAACAGCUAAAGAAGAGAAAACACGAUACCACGCGGGUGAGUGGCGGUGCAGUUGUGCAGGCCAUUCUCAGAACAGAUAAAGGAUGGGCUGCAGCCUCCGAUUCCCGGAAAGGUGGCUUCCCUGCAGGAUACUGAUGUGGCUCGGCUCCCUUUUUCAGUGGUCUAGUGACACUGAGGUGUGUUUGGGGGGAAGAUCCUUUAGGUCUGCGACUCAGGGACUUCUCACACGAAAGAGAACAAAUUUACCUGUGGUUCUAUUGACAGAGCUGGGACAGUUCUCUACAGCCAUGACCGCAGUGCCUCGUGCCACAGCAGUUUGCUAAGACAGGCAUGUCUGCCAGGACGUGCAGUACUUACUUGAAGAGCCUGUUCUGCCUUGAAGAGCUUGUGCCCUGCCUCCUCUCCAUCCCGUGAAGACAGGUUGGGUACCCAGAGUUUGUGAAGAAGGUCCAGCUCGCUCAGCUGCAGGAGGUGUUUCCCCUGCACAGCGUCAGCUCCCUGUCACCGCUAGAGAAGAGUUUUGUUUCCUGUUGAGUAGAUGGGAGUUACAGGACUCUGAGGACUGGGUUUUGUAAGUGACAAACUAACAGAUCUGUGCCAUAGCAGGAAGCCCAGCUCUAGACUGGGAUACGCCUUCACAAACUCACCACUCUUUCUUUUAACAAAAGAUGCUUCUGCUUUUCACUUCAGUUGAUUAUUGGAGAUGAGUGGGGAAAUGGGGAAAUGGCUUCAAACUUUUUUAUAUUUCUGUUGAGAAGGUCUAAAGGGAAGAUGCUACCUGUAAAACUCUGAGCACAACUAUAAUAAAUAAAUAUGGAGUCACACA